AUGAUGGGGCAGAGCCCGGGGGACGCCGUCGACGGCCUCGGUGCCGAGGAGCUGGAGUGCAAGAUCUGCUACAGCCCCUACAGCCUGGGCAGCCGCCGACCCAAGGUGCUGCAGUGCGGGCAUCGCCUGUGCGCCAGGUGUCUCUCUAAGAUCCUGGACCAGGGCGAGAACCCGCCCCGUGCCGUCGCCUGUCCGUUCUGCCGCCGCGCCACCGGCCUGCCGGCGGAGGCCGCGGGAGGCCUGCCCGACGACGGCGACAUCGUCGCGGCCCUGGCGCUGCAGCCGCGCGGGCGCCGGGACCUUCAGCACGGCUCCACCGAGCUGCUGCUCAGCCCCCAGCACCUCCACAGCCUCAUGGAGCCCUUCCCCUCCCCCUCCCCCGGAUGCUUGGUCAUCACCAUCAUGGAGUCGGCGGGACCCCAGCGGGACCCGCGCUCAGCCCCCCGCAGGCGAGCCAGCUUGGACUCGAUGGCCUCCAUGUCCCGCCGCUGGACCGUGUGGAACUGCGCCGUGCGGCUCUGCCAGGCCCUCGCCCGGGCCCUCGUGUGGCUCCUGGGCCUUCUCUACUUCAGCUCCCUGCCGCUGGGGGUCUACCUGCUCAUCAUGCAGAAGACCACCCUGGGCGUGCUGCUCGUCACCCUGGUGCCCGCCAGCCUGGCGAUGGUCAUGAUCUACGGCCUGUGCCAGUGCAUCUGCCACGAGCUCUGGGACUGCAUGUCCUCCUAG